GCUUCGGUCAAGACAGCGAGCGAGAAGACACCUGACCACCUCUAAACCUCUACCAAGCUUCUCCAGCCCUGUCGGAUCCUGUCUUCACGCUGAACAACUUCUAGCCUCUGUUAGGCCAGUCGACAGACCCGCUCUACUCAGCCAGGAGUGACUGAACGCGGGGAGCAGAGAGACCUUGGCCCCUCUCGUCCAGAACAGAACCAAACAGACAAAGGCUUUUAUGAAGGUCAUCUAGACAGACUGUCCAGUAUGGCGAACAAGGUGACCCAGAUUUCACGAGAGGACCUGGAGGAGCUCCGAGAGGCUUUCAACAGGAUCGACACUGACAACAGUGGUUUUGUCAGUGACUUUGAGCUGCAGGAGCUGUUCAGAGAGGCUAGUUUCUCCAUGCCAGGCUAUAGAGUCAGAGACAUAGUGGAGAUCUUCGUAGCAGGAGACACCAACAAGGACGGGAAGAUCAGUUUUGAAGAGUUUGUCUCGAUCUACCAGGAGCUGAAGAGUAAGGAGCUCAGUGAGACGUUCAAGAAAACCAUCGCCAGGAGAGAAGGGAUACAAUCCUUUGGAGGAUUGUCAGGAAUCUCCAGCGAGGGAACACAGCACUCCUACUCAGUAGAAGACGGAGAGAAAAGGGGGGUUUGUAACUGGAUCAACAAGUCUCUGGCCAAAGAUGAAGUGAAACACCUUCUACCCAUGAACCCUGACGAGGGACAGUUCUUCAAAUCAGUAAAGGAUGGGAUCCUGCUCUGUAAAAUGAUCAACCUCUCCCAGUCUGACACCAUCGAUGAGAGAGUCAUCAACACCAAGAAACACAACUUCACCAUGACCGAAAACCUGAUGCUGGCGAUAAACUCUGCGUUGUCUAUCGGGCUGUACAGUGUCAACAUCGACGCCCCUGACCUGAUGGCUGGGAAACCCCACCUGGUGCUGGGCCUGCUUUGGCAGAUUAUCAAGAUAGGACUGUUUGCUGACAUAAGAGAUCAGCAGCAACGAAGCCGAUUGGCUGAUUGUGUUUAUUUGCAGCUCUUUAUUAACCUGCUGUCUGAGGGGGAGGAGUUAGAGCACCUGAUGUCAUUGUCUCCUGAAGAACUGUUGCUACGCUGGGUCAACCAUCACCUAGGCAACGCUGGGGCCCAACCAAUCAGCAACUUCAGCCAAGACAUCAAGGAUUCCAGGGCAUUCUACCUGUUGGACCAGAUCUCACCUAAAGGAGAGGACAUAGACGAGAUGGCCAUCCACAUCGAUAUGACCGGCAUCAAUGAGCGUGACGACGAACGCAGGGCAGAGAUGAUGCGCCAGGCAGCCCGUCUGGACUGCAGACAGUUUGUGUCUCCUAUGGAUGUGGUGUCUGGCAACAGCAAGCUGAACCUGGCCUUCGUAGCCAACCUCUUCAACACACACCCGGCCCUGAAGAGGACUAACAGCAACAACAUAGACACAGCACUCAGAGAGGUGAGCUGCGAC